UAUUUAGCAUUUGUUUUUUAUACAGUCUUGUCUUUAUAUUUAUAUGCACAUAUACAUAAUUGUAUAGAAUACUAUAAACUAUGCAAUGAGUUUUGAUAAAACUGCAAUCGAAGAAGCCAAUAAGCAUCUACUUGCUUUAAGUCGAAGAGUCGUAGAACUUGAGGCACUUGCUGAGAGUCAAGCUGAGCAGUUGGAAAAAAUAAAUGCUGAAAACCAGGCAAAAAUUGACUUAAUCAUUCAGCAAAAAGAUGCAGAAAUUCAGAAGCAGAAUGCAUGGCUGCAGUCAACACAAACUGAAAUAAGAAGAUUAAGCAUUGAUGUAGUCAAUAAAGAUGUUACAAUAUCACAAUUGAAAGCAAAAUCAUUGAUUCUGGACAAAGCACUUAGGUAUAAAGGAGGAUUAGAAGGACUUUUAAACUGCUUUGCAGAGCUAGAAAAAUACAACACAGAAGCCUCUGGAAGCACAGUAAGUGUACCAACAAUGCCAAUAUCGAAUGUUCCCAAAAUUGACUCAGUUUUGAUCACGAAAAUUGAGAGUGGAGAUGGUGACAACAGCAGAGAGAGUUCAUUAUCAGAAGACAGUUUUUCAGAAACAGACGAAAAAAAUAUAAUUUGGACUCCAAAAUCUAGGACCCAACUUGAUGAUUUUCAGAAUUUGAAUGUUAAUGGUAGGAAGUCCUAUGUACCGCCUGCUAAAGUCCCCGGCGGAGCAGUCAAAAACGAUGCUGAUAUGGAGACAGAAACCGAGCAAACGUUAAAUAUUGAAGGUGCAUCAACAUCCCAAAAUUUUGAUGAAACACAAUUUAUGCCAUCUUAUGAGACACAACUCUAACUUUUUUGUAAAAACCAAGAACGCUGUUUUAUUUAUUUCUAUUGCCGUUUGAAGCAUGAUAAUUUUUUUAAAGUAAUGCCUUCCCUCUUGCUAGGAUUUUAUGUAUGUGCAAUCAUGUUUGGUGUACCUAGAUGUGAAUUAGCACUAAUAUAGAGAUGGACAGAGGCGUUUUUAAAAAGAUCCACCUGACAUUGUGUGCAGCAGUUGAAAGGCAUUUGUGGUAAUAUUUAUACAUAUAUUUAAUGAGAGUUUUUGUUGAUGCAUACCGGUACGGUAGUAUUUCAAGUAGAGAGCAAUAGCUUGCAAAGCUUUUCUUGUCUUCAGAAAUGUUCUUAUUCUUGGAAUAUUAAAGUGUUUUGGUGCUUUGUUUUCUGUUAUCAUGCAAUAAUAAUUUUUGUGUCUGAAGCAACAGCUUAUACUAAUUUUUUAUACUUCCAACCUGAAUCUUGUAGGUUUCGCUGCUUUAAGACCUUCCAAGGUAAGGUUCCUCAGGACACCUGUCACUCAAUUUAAGUAAGCUUUUUUGAUAUUUGCCUUUUCUGGUGAUGCCUUUAUAUUGUGUUGACUAAUAUUUGUUGAUUGAUUGAUAAGUGCGCUUUAAACAGUUAUACCAUUUCGUGAUUAGUUCUCUAUUUUUAUGCCCGGUUAUAAAAAAGUGCUUUAUGUAUAUACAUUCGAUAUGAAAUUCCUAUACCUGCAGUGAUAAAAUAUACUAGAAAGCCUUAUAUUACUUUUGUCCAUCAUUUCGAGACCACACUUAAAUACGCAGUGAACAACUGGCUGUGGAUGACCUGAACCGGGGUGGAAUUGCGUGGGCGAGUGUUUUUGCUUGAACAAAUAUCAUCCUAGCAAGCUGGUUAAUUUUAACAAGGUCAGGAAUUCGACUUCAAUAAAUGAGUGUUGCAUAAAUCAUGGAAGCUAAACAAAUUUGCACGAAAGUUGCCGUCAAAAAAGUACCGCAAGUGGUAGAUUUAUUAAAUAAAAUAUUUCGAAUAUUGAA